AUGGCGCCAUCACGUUCCGUUCUUCAAAGCAUGCAUGCCACCGAGUCGUUACAGUGUCGGUGGCCCUCUCAGUAGGCAACGAGCAUCGAGCGAAACAGGUCGCGCCGGUCGGUGUCUGAAUUGUAUAUUUUCCUCCCCGAGACGUGAAGCCGAUUUUCCUUUCCGACGUGAUAGUUUUUGUUUUCACCAUUCACACACACUCGCGAUUGUCCUUUCCUUGCGAUAUUUGUUGUAGCACGCGCAGGUUCCCCCGACAACGACGACAACGUGAUUCGAGUCCUCGAGACGUAAACAAAAAUGAGUGUGUCUAUCGCUGGUGGUUUGAUGCGUAUGUAACCUAUCGGAAAGGAUUCUUCUGGCGCACCAAGCAGGAAGUGGUGAUUCAUAGCGUGAAAGCUGUUUUUACAGAAGCAAAUUUGAAAUUUGAUGUUGUUUCAUUCAUGUGUAUACCGGUGAUAUGUGCAAUCAAGUAAAUUGUGUGCGGUUCCAGUGUUGAUAGAGUGCAAAUUGAACCUAUAUGUUAAUCAGUAGGGUCACUACCAAAUACACACAUCACCCUAUCUGACAGUGGUCGCGAAGAAGUGAACUGGGGACUAGUCUGAUGCUCGAUUCCAUCGAACACGGUUGCCGUGAUAGUUCCGAUAUAAAGCGAACCCGGAAUGGGUGUGGAACUGCUAGUGACAUUCCCAGCAGUGCUUUUACUAGUGGUAAUUGCGCCGCCUUCUGCUCUGAGCUGUGCCGGUAUAGCAACGAACGAAGUACAUGUGGACUGCCAAGAGGAUACGAAACAACUGGUCGCCAACAAAGUGAUGCAAUCAACCCCCGCCAUGACGGAGUUCUACAAGGAACAUGAAGUGACCGAGACGGACUCCCGGCUUGCCUUGCAACAGUUGGAUUUGAACGAGAUCAGCAAGGUACCGGCCUGGUGCGACGGAUGCGGUAUUGAUAAGAUUCACUUCUGCCGGUCGGCGGCCUUUAUCAACGAUCAUUGUUGCUGCGAACAUCGUCACGCAAAGGAGAAACUGCCAUGGAUACCUCAUACCUGCUAUCUGGGCAACGAACGAUGUCAACCUAACACCAGUUCCUGCAGUAAAUACCGGGAGAUACGGGAGUGCUGCUGUGAUCGUAUACUCAUCGCAGAAUAUCUGGCGAAAUUCUCCACGGGGAGUCCCACCUGCAGUCGUUUGCACAUGGCCGGAUGGACUAUCUCACUGCUGCUGACAGUGAUUUCGACAGUUUCCCAACUCAGCUAGCUAGUACCGCGGAGUAGUGGAGUCUGAACCUGUGCGAACCACCUCACCAAAGAGCGAUAGAUGCCGUGCCGUACUACCUACUUCUACCUGUUGAUCUGUGGAGCGAAACUCCAACCGAAAUGGUUCAAAACUAUCGCGUUACAACGCAUGAUGUGGCAUACUACUUAUACCGAACAUUUAUAAAUAAUUUUAGGCAACCGAGCAGCAAAGUUAAUAUUCGAACAAAAGAAAAACAAUCAAUUGUGCCGUACUAGCCUGCGACUUCGACUGCAUACUUAAAAUAAUUAAGGCUGUGGCAGUUUCUAGUGUCGUUACGCGGGAGAAAAAAGUGCUGUAGAAAUCAAAGAAGAUGUAUUUAUGAUUUAUAUGAUUAGGUAUUUUAUUAGAGUAUUGAGUUGUAUUUGAGUUGAUCUAAUAUGUACAUUAAGCUGAAAAAUAUUCCACUUCGCAUUAUGUAUUUUAAAACGAGUAAAUAAAUUCAUAUGAGAAAAAACAA